AUGGCCGCAUACUUUAACCAACGUCUUCCUCAUCCUCACAUUGCUCAUCCGCAUCACGGCAUAACCGUAUCACGAGCUGGAACGCCGGCUCUUGAAAAAAGCGCCAAGUGUGCUGCGCCUAUUGCAAAUAUCGCGGCCAAGAAUGUCCCGUUCUUUACCCCUGAGCAGGAUCCCGUGGCUGGUAGUGCAACUGCUACCCAGCUAUCCGGCAAUCCUGUCCCCAAGCUCUUCACGCCACUCAAGAUCCGCGGUGUAGAACUGCCGAAUCGUAUCUGGGUGAGCCCCAUGUGCCAGUAUAGCGCCCACGAGGGCUUCCACACUCCUUGGCACAUCACCCACAUUGGUGGCAUGGCUCAGCGCGGUCCUGGCCUGAUUAUGCUUGAAGUUACCGCUGUGCAAGCCAACGGCCGAAUUACUCCAGAGGACUCUGGCAUUUGGCUGGACGCUCAUAUCGACACUUUGAAAAAGCACGUCGAUUUUGCACACAGCCAAAACGCCCUUAUUGGGAUCCAACUUGGCCACGCAGGACGAAAAGCUUCUACAGUUGCGCCUUGGCUCAGCUCUGGUGCCACAGCUACCGAGGAAGUCGGCGGCUGGCCAUCCAACGUGGUAGGGCCAACUGAAGAGCCAUUCAACGAGCACUAUCCUACUCCACGGGCUAUUAGCUUAGCGGAAAUUUCGCAGUUCAAGAGUGAUUUCCUCACUGGGGUACGCCGAGCAAUUCGCGCUGGGUUUGAUGUAAUCGAUUUGCAUUUUGCCCAUGGCUACUUGGUUUCGAGCUUCCUAUCGCCAGCAGUCAACAAACGUACAGACCAGUAUGGAGGGAGUUUCGAGAAUCGCACCCGGUUAGCGCUCGAAAUCGUAGACGCAAUAAGAGAAAUCAUCCCUGCCGAUAUGCCCUUGUUUGUACGAAUCAGCGCGACCGACUGGCUGGACACGAACCCGAAUUGGAACGGCGGCCCCAGCUGGACUGUAGACGACAGCGUCAAGUUUGCCAAGCUUCUGGCCCAGCGGGGAGUUGAUGUGCUGGAUGUGUCCAGUGGUGGAAACCAUGCACUGCAGAAAGUUGUUGGUGGACCAGGAUAUCAGGCGCCAUUUGCAAAGGUAAUCAAAGCAGCCGUGAAAGAUACCAUGCUGGUAAGCGCAGUGGGAAGCAUCAAGACAGGACUGGAGGCGCAGAUGAUUAUUGAAGGCAGCCAGAGCGGCGGCAAAGACGAAGACGCCAGCGAUACGCCUCUGGAUUUGAUUGCUGCAGGCCGACCGUUUUUGAAGAAUCCGGGACUGGUAUGGGCAUGGGCUGAGGAGCUGGGCGUUACGAUCAAUGUUGCGCAUCAGAUCGGAUGGGGCUUUGGCGGGAGGGGGUCCAAGAAGACGGCGAAGCUGACAGUUUCUUGA